AUGGUGGACAUAUUUGGAAGUCUGGUGUUCCUUGUGGGAAAUUUAGGAAAUGGAUUCCUAGCCUUGGUGAAUGGUGUGGAUUGCGUCAGGAGGAGAAAGAUCUCUUUCACUGAUCUCAUUCUCCCUACCCUGGGAAUCUGUAGACCAACUUCUCCAACUCCUUUUUCCUUUCUAAAGUGGAGAGUUCGAAGAGUGAUUUCCUUGAUGAUUCUGGGCUCUCUCGUCAUCUUGUGCAUCAAUGGUUUUCUGGUGAACACAGCUAUCAACCUCGCCAUAUCCUUAAUAGGCUUUGUCCUGCUUAUCUUCUCUCUGUGGACACAAUGUAAGAAGAUGCAGUACUGUGGCCAGGGUCUCCGAGAUGCCAGCACCACCGCCCACGUGAGGGUCUUGGACACAGUGAUUGCCUUCCAUUUUCUGUAUAGCAUUUUUUUCGUCUGUCUCAUCCUACGGAUUUGGAGCCAUAAAUUUCUGGAAACGGAUCAUACCAUUUGGCUGUCUGAGGUGGCUGUAAUUGCCUUUCCUUCAUUCCAUUGCUAUGUCUUAAUCUUGGGGAACAGCAAACUGAACUGGGCCUUCUUGGACAUACUUCAGUGGCUUGGGUUCAGGGCCAGAGACCCAGGUACCCCAGGACCACUGAGAUGA